AUGGUGAGCGAGGAUCAGGGGACGAAGAACAACGACCUCAUCAUUGCGGUCAGCGAGCACGCAAGAAAGCCGGUGUCCGGGAGGGUGGCAGUAUUGUCCGACAGAAAGGCCGACAUUGCAUGCGGUGCAGUGAUAGCUGUCUUUCUCGCAGCGCUUCCUUUCUUUUUCUGCAUGGCGGUGAUGGCGCACUGGCUGCCUUUCAAUCAUACCUACAUACACCCCCGAGCUGCCCGCUACUGGCGGUGUGCGAUGCUCUCUGGAGAGACCUGCCGCGUGCUAAUGGGCCUUAUCAACUACUGA